CAGGGGAAAAAAAAAAAAAAAAAAAAAAAGAAUGGUAGCAUUAGUUAAACUCAUUUCAUCACUCCCUAAUGAUGAAACAGUUAUGCAUCAUUUUUACUAAUCAGAGGAUAUUAUGCAGCAUGAGUCAGACUGUCACUGAUUUACAAUUUAGCUAUAUAAACAGAGCUGAGAAACGUGUUCAAUAGGUCAAGACUUCGCAGUGUAGCUGAAGCAGAGAACCUUUGACAAGAAUGAAGGUCCUUUCUCUUCUCCUCUUGCUGUAUGUGGCAGUCUCCUCUGCUUUCCCUGUGGCUCCUGAAGAAGAAGAUGAAGGAAAAAAUAUAAAUCUUGUGGAGACUUAUCUACAGAAUUUCUACAAUCUUCAAAAAGAUCAUCGACCUCAUCUAAGGCAGGGGGGUAAAAAUCAUCUUGCUGAAAAGCUCAAGGAAAUGCAGGAAUUCUUUGGACUACAAGUGACUGGGAAACCUGAUCGUGACACUUUGGAGAUGAUGAAUAAACCCAGGUGUGGUGUUCCUGAUGUAGAGCAAUACGUCUUCACAGCAGGGAAUCCAAAAUGGAAGAAAACUAAUCUGACAUACAGGAUUGUGAAUUACACCAGAAAGAUGAGACAAACUGAUGUAGAUGAAGCAAUCCAAAAAGCUCUGAAUGUGUGGAGCAGUGUGACACCAUUGACAUUUCAAAAGAUUGAGGACAAAAUUGCAGAUAUAAUGAUCUCAUUCGCUUAUAGAGAUCACAGAGAUAACUCUCCUUUUGAUGGGCCUGGUGGGCUGCUGGCUCAUGCUUUUCAACCAGGAGAAGGUCUUGGUGGAGAUGUGCAUAUGGAUGAGGAGGAAACCUGGACAAAAGAUGGAAGAGGCUACAACUUGUUUAUUGUUGUUGCCCAUGAGCUUGGCCAUUCACUCGGUCUGUCCCAUUCAAAUGAUCCUGGAGCCCUGAUGUAUCCAAAUUAUGCCUACACGGACCCCAAAGAAUUCCUUCUUCCUCAGGAUGACAUUGAUGGCAUUCAAGCCAUAUAUGGACAGUCUAAUGAUGCUGUGCAGCCUACAGGGCCAACAACUCCACAAGCUUGUGAUCCUAAUUUGACAUUUGAUGCCAUUACCACUUUGCGUGGAGAAAUGAUAUUCUUUAAGGGCAGAUACAUGCUGCGCAAACAUCCUGAGAGGUCAGAGACAGAGCUCAAUUUUAUCUCACUGUUCUGGCCAAAUUUGCCAUCAGGAAUUCAAGCUGCUUAUGAGAACAUUGAAAGGGAUGAAGUUUUACUCUUUAAAGAGGAUAAGUACUGGGUUAUCAGAGGAUAUGACAUUGCAUAUGGCUAUCCCAAACCAAUCUAUCGUCUGGGAUUCCCAAAGACUGUUAAAAGAGUUAAUGCAGCUUACAACGAUGAGACCACAGGAAAAACGUAUUUCUUUGUAGCUGACAGAUACUGGAGAUAUGAUGAAAACAAAAAAUCCAUGGAUCAUGGUUAUCCCAGGAAAAUAAUCUCCGACUUUGGAAAAAUUGGCAGAGUUGAUGCUGCUUUCCAAAAAGAUGGCUAUGUCUACUUCUUCCACAAAACAACUCAGUUCCAGUUUGAUCCUCGUACCAAACGGAUUGUCAAUCAAAUGGAGAGCAUUAGCUGGUUUAAUUGUUAAUUGCAGUGAUUGUGUUUCUUCUCCACAUGCACACUGCGUAUUUUUAUGUGUAUAUUUUAUAUGUAUAUUUUUGUGCUGAAUUUUUCAGCAUUUCAUGACUAACAGGUCAGAAUGGAUUUCUGCCUGGAUUCCGUAGAAGUAUAGUUUUAAUAAGUAUUAACUGUAAUACAAAUGUGUUUAUAUAACUUAUUACACUUUUACCUGCUGCAUUAAA